UUAUUUUUUUCAAAUAAUAAUUAGUACACAUAAACGUAAAUUAAUCAAAGCCCACUUCACAUUUGAGCCAGACCCAGAAAAAAGAUCGUUCCUUUUUCAAUUUAUGUCUGAAAGUCUGGUUCAGAGCCUGAUUAAGCUUUCAGCACAAAGAAAGAAGCUUCUACGGCAGAAGGGUAUUUUGGGCAAUAGAGCAGGAUCAGAGGCAAAUAGUAGUAAAGGCCCCUUCUGCUGAUUCUGAUCCUGUAUUGUAUGGUGUUGGGUAUAAAAGAAUUCAUUAGCUUUUACUUGUCUGGUGUUGUUUCAGUAUACAGCUAAUCUUUUGAGAACUGCAAAUCAAUCACAAUUUUUAACUGAAAAUGGGAGGUGUAAUUGGAAAGAAUGAAUCUCCUAAGGCUGCAGUGUCGGAGACGAAGCUUGAGGCCAGAAUAAAUGAGGCAAUACGGAGAAGGGAAGUUGAAGGGAGUACUAUAAAAUCCUUCAACAGCAUUAUUUUAAAGUUUCCCAAGAUUGACAGAAGCUUAAGGAAAUGCAAAGCUACGUUUGAAGACUUUGAUGAGGAUGGGAAUGGUGCUAUCGAUCGAGAAGAGCUGAAGCACUGCUUCCACAAGCUGGAGAUCAGUUUCACUGAUGAGGAGGUUAAUGAUCUAUUUGAGGCAUGUGAUAUAAAUGAAGACAUGGGGAUGAAAUUCAAUGAAUUCAUAGUUCUUCUUUGCCUUGUCUAUCUUCUGAAGGAAGAUCCAGCUGCCGAGCAUGCUAAAUCUCGUAUGGGAAUGCUAAAUCUGGAGGCUACUUUUGAAACAUUAGUUGAUGCAUUUGUGUUCUUGGACAAGAACAAGGAUGGUUAUGUGAGCAAAAAUGAGAUGGUUGACGCAAUAAAUGAAACCACUUCAGGAGAACGAUCUUCUGGGAGAAUUGCCAUGAAAAGAUUUGAAGAGAUGGACUGGGACAAAAACGGAAUGGUAAACUUCAAGGAGUUUGUUUUUGCUUUUACUCGUUGGGUUGGAAUUGAAGAAGGCGAUGAUGACGAGGGGGAGAAUGAUGCCUGAAUAGAAGUUCUCAAGCAAGUCAUGCCUGUGCUCCAGAAGAGCUUCCAGCAGUUUUUUCCCCAAAGUUGUGAUCCUGGUCGACAUGCCCUCUUUCAUGUUUCCAAUAAAUAUGGAGUUUAACAUAUAACAGGUCAUAUUAUGACCAGAUUUCUGUUGUAAAUAGACUAUGUUGAAGUCCAAUGAUUUGUGCUACCACAAAAUUCUUUUGAGCUGCCAACCUUAAUGUCAGUUUAUGAUCUUCCUUUGUUUCUACUACAAGUUCGGAUUGCUGCGUGUUGGUUAAGGUGGAUUUCUUGUUCAAACUUUUGUGUGAGAACAUAAUCUUUU